AUGGACCCAAGGACUCUCACUCUGAGAAGAAAGCGCAAGGACCGGCCUACAAUAAGCGCACCCCAGAAUGCCUCUGGACCUGGCAUUACUAGACCAGCAGCGACAGCUGCAACAAAGCAGAGUAAGCCAGGAAGCACUCUGACCGUCCCACGAGAACGAAAUGUGCCUACCGAGACGUCCGAUCUUGUCAAGCGACGAUACUCGACGCGUUACAACCAGCUACCUGACUUUAGCAACAUCGGAGCUCCUCCUGUACCCAGUCUUCCAGGGGCGCCGAAACGACGCUCCCAAGGUGGUUCUCCGCGCCGCGCCGGGGUAUCGCCUUCACGGCCACUGCUAGUCGACAACGAAACCCUCAAAGAUUCAAAUCUCCAACAUGAACGCUAUGUCGCAGACCUUCUGUCCAACGCGUCAGAGCAAGAUAUUCAAGAAUACCAGACCAAUCUGCAGCGGCUCAAGAAUAGGAAUUCGGCCGAAUUGCAGCAAAGCGUCUAUCAGAACAGGACUCAGUUCAUCAAAAUCAGUAAAGAGGCGGAAAAGUUGAAAGCUGAAAUGUCUAUCCUUCAGAAUUUGAUGUCGGAGCUUACAGGCACACUUGGGCAGGCGACCAUUGGGACGACCAACACUACACUUACACCGGCACUUAAUGGCACUUCGCAGUCAAGGCGUAACCCGAACAGAACAUCGGUUGCAAACUUGGAGCAAAUGUGGAACAUCCAGCUUCAGGCCCUGUGGAAGAAUAUCGAGAAAUCGCAGAAGUUCCUGCCGGCUGCCCCUGGCCGGCAUAUCGUCGCAGAGACCGGGAACUGGAUCGAACUUGACAGUGCAACGUGGAAGGCGAAACGACCAGUUCAUAUCGUUCUAUUAAACGAUCAUCUCCUGAUCGCGUCUAAGAAACGCAAGCGGGUCGACCCUAAUGUGCCGCAGCAGGGCCCGGCUCCUACAAAACUUGUAGCCGAAGAAUGCUGGCCCUUACAAGACAUCGAGGUCAUCGAUAUGGCGACGAGUCUGACCACAGGCAGCACUACGCCCACCGAGGAGAAAACCGUGUCAUCUGCACUAUCCAUCAGAUCCGGCGGCAGAUCGCUUACUUACCGACAUGAGAAGCGAGACGAAAAGGCAAAGAAUGGACUUUUGAUGGCCCUGAGGAAAGCCACCGAAGAUUGUCGCAAGGCGACAAAGAGCCAGGGCGAACAGAACAAGUCUCAAACCGAGGGCUUGAGCUAUUUCGCUGCGCGUGAUCCGGCGUCAGCCAACAACAUAGACAUGAUUGACAGCAUAAACUCUGCCAAGGAAAGGCCGGACAUCCUGAUUGAAAUAGACGGGAGAAAGCAAAACUUCAGGUGGGUGGAAGGGCAAAUCGACGACCUUGAUAUUGAGAUCUCCCUGCAGCGAUUCGAUGAAGCCGUUGAGAAAGUGGAAAAGCUCCGCAAGAUCGCGAAGAGUCUCAAGAACAACUCAAUCGCCCAGGAGCUGAUCACAGUCAAGGUUGAUGAACGUGCUGCGAAACUCGCGACGGUCCUUUGCCGCGAACUUGUGGAGACGCCUUCCUUCAUGGACGCCACGAAGAAGACGUCGGGCUACCUCAUCCGUCUCGGAUUUGAAGACCGGGCUCGGGAGCUCUACCUGAAUGCUCGCGGUGAGACUCUGACCAAACGGGUACGACAAUGUGUGUUUGAGGGUGAUCUCCACCGAUACGUUUUCGCCAUCUCUUUCGUCUACUUCACCAUAGUCAAGAACACCGUGCUGAUCUACCAGGCGUCAUUCCCUUCGACCACGACUAGCGCUUGUAUCAAAUGGGCGAAUGAGCACCUUGAAACGUUCAACACGUUGCUCGUACGACAGCUGAGUGCCAUAGAGAAGGACGGCAAGCUAUGGAGGGAAUGCAUGGAUGUUGUCUGGUCUCACGAAAGGGAACUAUUGGGCGAGGUUGGCCUGGAUUUCCGGGAGGUCAUUGGAAGAGGGCUCGAGGUCAGGGAUAUUCCUCGUCCCAAUCAUGGAAACCGUUCCGGGGCUACCGCGGAUCAGGGCAGGUCAAAGUCGCGUGGUAGGGGCAAUACUUGA